AUGGGCGACGGGGCCAAGGCCGACCCGGGGAGCCACGACGCCCAUGAGCUGUUUGACGAGCUGGUCGGGGCCACCACCUGCAGGGCCACUCUGAGGGCCUUCGGCCUGCUCUGUGACCACCUGGGGGUCCCCGGGGGGGGGGCGUGGCCCUUCUACCACACGGUCAAGCACCGGCUGAACUACUGGAAGGCCAACGCACUCUGGGCCAAGCUGGACAAGAGGGCGGCGCUGCCCGAGUACAUGACGGGCCGGGCCUGCGCCGGCACCACGUGUGUGAUCGUCGGGGCGGGGCCGGUGGGGCUCCGGACGGCGGUGGAGCUGGCCUUCAUGGGGGCCCGCGUGGUGCUGGUGGAGAAGAGGGACGCCUUCUCCCGCAACAACGUCCUCCACCUGUGGCCCUUCACCAUCCACGACCUGCGCGGCCUGGGGGCCAAGAAGUUCUACGGCAAGUUCUGCGGCGCCUCCAUCGACCACAUCAGCAUCCGUCAGCUGCAGCUGAUCCUCCUGAAGGUGGCGCUGUUGUUAGGGGUGGAGGUCCACGUCAACGUGGAGUUCAAACAGCUGGUGGAGCCGCCGGGGAGCCAAGAGCGCCACAAGGCAGGCUGGAGGCUGGAGGUUCAUCCCAAGACUCAUCCGGUCGGCCAGCUCGAUGUGGACGUCGUUAUUGGCGCGGACGGACGACGGAACACACUUCCUGGGUUCAAGCGCAAGGAGUUCCGCGGGAAGCUGGCCAUCGCCAUCACGGCUAACUUCAUGAACCGCCACACCACGGCAGAGGCCAAGGUGCAGGAGAUCAGUGGCGUGGCCUUCAUCUUCAACCAGAGGUUCUUCCAGGAGCUGCGGCAGGAGACCGGCAUUGAUCUGGAGAACAUAGUGUACUACAAGGACGACACGCACUACUUUGUGAUGACGGCCAAGAAGCAGAGUCUGCUGGAGAAAGGGGUCAUUCUGCAGGACCACGCGGACACGGAGCUCCUGCUGUCCCGCGGGAACGUGGACCAGAAUGCAUUGCAGGCGUACGCCCGUGAGGCGGCGGGCUUCUCCACGGGCCACCGGCUGCCCAGCCUGGACUUCGCCAUGAACCACUACGGCCAGGCGGACGUGGCCAUGUUCGACUUCACCUGCAUGUACGCCUCGGAGACGGCCGCCAUGGUGCGCCGGAGGCACGACCGGCCCCUGCUGCUCACGCUGGUGGGGGACAGCCUGCUGGAGCCCUUCUGGCCCAUCGGGACGGGCAUCGCCCGUGGCUUCCUGGCCGCUCUGGACUCGGCCUGGAUGAUCCGCAGCUGGGCCCAGGGCACCGCCCCCCUGGAGGCGCUGGCCGCCAGGGAGAGUGUGUAUCGCCUGCUGCCCCAGACCACGCCGGAGAACAUGCACAGGAACAUCAGCCAGUACACCGUGGACCCGGCCACGCGCUACCCCAACUACAACCCUCUGCUCAUCAGCCCCGCGCAGGUGAAGCACCUGGUCCACACGGGAGAGGAGCCCCAGGUGGAUGUAGACUCCCUCGUUCGCUCCCCGCCCCCCAGACUGCUCAGACAAGAGUCCUUCUCCCGCUCCAACAAGCUGCUGGCCUGGUGCCAGGAGCAGACCCGGGGGUACCGGGCCGUUGCCGUGGGCGACCUGACCACCUCCUGGAAGAGCGGGCUGGCCCUGUGCGCCCUGAUCCACCGCCACCGCCCCCACCUCAUUGACUUUGACUCCCUGGGUGAGUCGGACGCGGAGGCCAACGUGCGGCUGGGCUUCAGCGUGGCCCAGCGGGAGUUGGGCAUCGCUCCCCUCAUGACGGCCGAGGAGAUGUGUUCCGCCGAGGAGCCCGACUCCCUCUCUAUGGUCAUGUACCUCAGCCAGUUCUACCAGCUGCUCCGGGAAACGCUGCCCCCUGGUGGUUCUCUGUCUCAGAGUGCUGACUUCAGAUCUGCUCUCCUGGCCCCCGCUUCCCUCCUGAGCCGUCUGGGCCACAGUCCGUCACGCAAACGCAACCCCAGGGAGAAGAAAGACGCCCUGUGGAAGAGGAGGAGGACGAGCCGUCCGUGCCUGGACGAACUAGAGCAUGACGACACCGCCGGUUACCACGACGACCAGGGCCCAGAGGAAGGGUUUGUGGGCGGGUCCGGGCGCUCCAGGGUGCGUCUCAUGGCCAAUCAGCUGCAGGCCAGACUGGAUGUCGACGCCUCCUCCUGCCAAAGCCCCGCCUCCUCGGACGCCGCGCAACGACGCCUGGUAGGAGACAUCCUGCUCUGGGAUCAGCCAGUGCCUAAGGGAUUGAAGAGAUACUGUGUCUGGUGUUGUUCCCCGUUUGACCACCAGGGGCAGUGCCUCCCCAGCCCGCCCUAUGGCUCAGAGGCCCUCGACUCCCCGUCUCUGGAAGAGGCGGUGGAGGACGCCGCCAAGUUCCCCGGGGAGGCCUGGAGGCCGAAAAAACGCACGCAGCAACAGGAGCAGAUGAGUUUUCGGUUCAAAGAGAAGAUCAAGGGUCACACUCCGUUACCUGCUGUUGGAAAGCAGAACUUCGUCCGGUUGUACACCGAGGGAGUGAGCUCCAUGGCCGAGCAGAUAACCAAUCAGAUUCAAAGCCAGGAGCCGGCGUCGCCGGGGGCAACGGCUGUGUCGGCGGGGGCCAGCGGCGUGUGCUUCUUCUGCAGCCAGCGGGUGUACGUGAUGGAGCGUCUGAGUGCCGAGGGGCUGUUCUUCCACCGCAGCUGCUUCCAGUGCGACCACUGCCGCACCACCCUGCGCCUGUCCUCCUACGCCUGGGACGCGGCCGGAGGGAGGUUCUACUGUCUGCAGCACUACGACCGACGCAGUGGGGGUCCCGUCCUGAGGAAGAGAGCCGCGCUCAGCAUGUCCUCCGUCUCUCACCGGACCUCCAUAGGGUCCCUGCAGAAGACCUCCUCCACGGACAGCCUGCACCCCGCGGCCCCCGGGGGGCCCCUACUGGGGGGCCGCAGAGCCUCAGUGGCUUCUCUGACCGAGGGGGCCAAGAGGGCGCGGGGCCCCCCUGGGGAGCGCAUCGAGCUGGCCAACUACCGGCCCCAGGCCCCCAGCACCAACGGGCUCACGGCGGCGGCGGCGGCGGUGGCGAAGGGGGCGGAGCCUGUGUCGGGGCGUAAGCGCACGAGCGGCGGGGACGCCUGCGCCCUGACGGAGGAGGAGGUGCCGGAGGAGGUGCCGGAGGAGACGCUGGCCCGCUACAACCUCAGCCUGCCGGGGGCGAGGAGGACCGCCGGGGGAUCCAGCUCUGAGUCGGAGAUGGACGAGGGGAAGGAGGGCGAACGAGGGGCGUCAUGGCGACGGCUCCUGGAGCUCCACGCCGGGACGAGAGGAGGAGGAGACGACGAAGGGGACCGGGAGGACGACGAAGACGAGGAGGCGGAGGACGGGGAGGAGGAGGAGGGGGAGGUGGACGAAGAGGAGGAGGACGAAGGGGACUACGGCAGCGAGCCAGAGUCCAGUGAUGAAGGGGAGUAUAGCCCCUGGGAGAUGGAGCGGUAUUCGGGCCUCUGGCUCCCUCUAGUGGAGGAAUCAGAGGAGGAGUCGGCUCCCAAGACGCGCUCCACUCGGGGAGGAAGUGACAUCACGUACACUCACACACGGGACGACCCCCACCCGGAACCCGACUCCACCACCACCACCACCACCACCACCACCACCCUGGACCUCCUCAUCCCGGGUCACAUCCGCUCCUUCGCCUCCAUCGGCUCCUCCCCUCUCACCCUUGGCUCCUCCCACCUCACCCUGACGCCGACGCCCACUGCGGCGGCGUCGACCCCCGAGCGCUCCUCGGGCCUGUGCUCCUCCCUCCUCUCCUCCUCCUCCUCCUCCAACGUCACCUCCUCCUCGGGGGGGUCCGGGGUCGUCGCCCCCCCCGCGCGGGGCAGCAGCAGCAGCAGCAGCAGCUCCGGCGUGGGCGUCGACAGCGGCCCCAGCGACACCACCGUCGCCACGCCGACCACCUCGCCCCCUCCCCGGGGGCGGGGCCUAGACCGCCCCGGACCCCCCCUGCCGGUGUUCCCCGCCCUGGCCCUGCGUUGCGGGGGGGUCCGCCGCGACCCCGACGGGAGCGAGGUCGGCGUGGGGGGGGGCGUGGCCUCUGAGGAGGUGGGCUCCGCCCUCUGCUCCUCCUUCGCCGCCUCCUCCCUGGAGCUGCUCCGUCAGGAGAGGGGCGCCCGGGCGGAGCGGGAGGAGCGGGGGAUGAGGGAGGGGGGGCGGGGGGGGGAGGGGGCGGACAACGGACCCCCCCGCGCCGCCGGGGAGACGACGAGGAGGAGGAGGGGCGGGGCGGGGGAGGGGCGCCGGCCCCCCAGGGUGCUGGCCCCCCUCCAGGGGAGCUCCCUGUUCCUCCACCUGAAGAGCCUGCGGGAGGGUUACUCUUCCAAAGUGCUGCCACCUGUUGGUAGACUCGGUGUACUGCAUGCUGUCAUUAAGCUCUUCUCCUACUCAUUGCUAGAUUACCAGCUGAGUGGAGCGUCAGGCUGGCCAGAGGAGUCUGACCUGACCUGCUCAACCGUUCUGCAAAACUGCUCUCUCAAUCCCAAGACCAACCUGCGUGCGGAACUCUCUGAACUUGCUUCGAAUAUUCACAAGGUCACGAUAAAGGAGGAGGAGACGGAGUCAGUGGAGCCCGCGUACGUGCCUCAUGCGCUGGCCUUCAAGCGAGCGUACGUCAUGAAGAAGCAGUCCCUGCGGAAGGGGGCGGGGCCUGGGGAGAGGGAGGCGGCCUCGUCCUGCCCCACGGAGGUGGUGGGGGUGGCGGUGCGCGCCAAGGAGCCGUCCAGCCUGGGGGUGACGGAGGAGAGCCUGUUCCGGCCGGGCCAGGGGGCGGAGGAGGGGGGGGAGGAGGAGGAGGCGGCACUGGACGCCAGGCUCACCCGGCGGGUGCAGCGGGCGGCGAGGAGGCAGGCCAAGCAGGAGCAGCUGAAAAGGCUCCACAAGGCCCAGAUCAUCCAGAAGCAGCUGGAGCAGGUGGAGGAGAAGCAGCGGCAGCUCGAGGAGCGGGGCGUGGCCGUGGAGAAGGCCUUGAGAGGGGAAGCAGACUACUGGGGCGACUCCAACGACAAUGAGGACCUGGACCUCCACCUCAGCGGGAUGGGGAACCUGGACAGCCCAGCCCUGAUGCAGCAGUGGUUCCAGCUGGUUCAGCAGAAGAACGCCAUGGUGCGCUACGAGUCCGAGCUCAUGAUAUUCGCUAGAGAGCUGGAGCUGGAGGACAGACAGAGCCGGCUGCAGCAGGAGCUCAGAGAGCAGAUGGCCGUGGACGACCACCUGAAGGGCCCUGGGGAGCUGGCGGAGGAGCGUCUGAUCCUGGAGGAGAUGCUGGAGGUGGUGGAGCAGCGGGACUCCCUGGUGGCGCUGCUGGAGGAGCAGCGGCUGCAGGAGAGCCAGGAGGAGAGGAACCUGGAGGAGGUGGUGCUGAACGGGGGGGCGGGGCUCCACUGGGCCUGA